GCAAGGUGACCGGAAAGAGGUGAGCCAUACUUCACAUCAUGAUUCUUCAAAGGCUCUUCCGAUUCUCGUCCAUUUUCCGCACUGCGGUCUCUGUUCAUUUGCGGAGGAACAUUGGACUGACAGCCAUCGCAUUUAAUAAGGCAAAAGAGCUUGAUCCAGUGCAAAAACUCUUUGUGGACAAAAUUAGAGAAUACAACACAAAAAGCCAGAAAGCUGCCGGCCCUGUUGAUGCCGGCCCCGAGUACCAGAAGGAAAUGAAUGAAGAUAUCAGCAAGCUUCAGAGGUUAUAUGGAGGUGGAGACCUAACCAAAUUUCCAGACUUUAAGUUUGAAGAACCUAAAUUUGAGGAAUCGACUAAAUAAGCGGCCUUUCUGGAGCUCGCUUGGAAUGUCCCUCGUUUCCUGGACUCUUGUGUCACCCCCAGUAGUAACAUAAUAAACCAUUUUGGUGAA